ACUGAAGAAAAACCUUAAGAUGUUCAUCAUUGUCCAUCCCUCCUGGUUCAUACGGACUUUGCUGGGAAUCACCAGACCCUUCAUAAGCUCCAAGUUCAGCAGUAAGAUCAAGUAUGUGAAUAGUUUGCAGGAGCUUGGAGAAAUCAUCCCAAUGGAGUAUGUCCACAUUCCACCCAGCAUUGUCAAGUAUGACGAGGAGAGGGGUAUACACAAAUUUGCAUGCAUGAGAGCCGACAAGAAGGGGAACUCUGUUGUUUGACAAUUGCAAGAUACCUGGCUGCUGCCUAUCUUCUCCCUGCAUUAUGCUGUACUCUACCACAGCAUAUCUGAAUAUAAGCCAGCCUGCGGCAUGAUGUGUAUGGCACGUAGUUGUUACACCAACAACUAGCACUGGGUUAGAAAGGAAGAUGAUGUGGUACAAAGCAUCAGGCAGUUGCUUGUUCAUUGAAGAAAGCACCAACCUGAGGGGAACAUAAUACUGUAUUUACAGUGCAGAGACUGUCGCUGUACUGAAGGGAAGAUGCUUUAUCCUGUACUACUGUAUGUUACACUUCAGUAGCUUUUGCUUCCUUUUUAUGACCUCAUCUUUAAUUUGUACAAUAGUUUGAUUCGUAUGUAAUUCACUGUGGAGAGAUUACUAACUGACUUUGUUACAUUCAUGUAUCUCCCCUGUCAGUUGCCAUCUGUAUCUUUUGUAACCCAUGGUAAUAAGUGUGGAUUAUCUAAACCCGUAGCGAGGCUCUUUCAUCUAAUAACCAAAUACAUGCAAACAGAAGUUAUUUUACAGCCCAUCUGCUCACAAAUAAACAUUUGUGUUCCCUGGACAAUUUGAAUGUUACUGUACUGUAGCUCUGUCAAUGGACUGUAAUGUUAAGGGAUAUUAUUUAGACUGUAAUUUUACAAAAAUAUGAUCCACAGACGAAAGAAUAAUUGUACUCUACAAGCCUGUUCAGUUUGUAACAGCAUGUAACAGAGCAGCCAAGCUGGUUUUUGAAUAGUUAACGACAGUGUAGGCGGCUCCUGUCACAGUGGGUUUUUAUAUUAUAUCACCAUCUCAUUCCACAUCUCAUCCAAUAUUUAAGAGGCUGUCAGUAGGCUGUUCUAUUAACACUGUAUAUCACUGUGAAAAUAUUUGCAACAUCAUAUCAUAAAGGUAGCAAAAUAGCAGUUAUCAGUAGCUGCAGUAAUGUGUUGCAUGCUUUCAGUUGCUACAGUUUAAGAUUGCUCUGAUCUGAUUACUCACCUGAAGGCAGAAUCGUAAUCUUUAUCUUGGUUUAUCUUGGUUGUUUGUUUGUGUGUGUAAAAGCGAGUGCGAGAACUUGUUGGAGAGUGACAAAGAAAUGCUAUAUGUUGACUGAUGGUUGGAGAGGUACAGUAUACCUGUACCUACUGUGCAGGUUGGGGUGUGUCUUCUUUUCCGUUUUCUUAGCUUAUUUGUAUACAUUUGUUUGUGGCUUACAAGGUAUUCAUUUGUUGUAAGAUGUUUUACUGCAUUAAAGAUGUGUUUCUCCUCAAGUGUCUUUCCAAAAACACCAAUGCACAGUAAUCAGAAGUGCGAUGCCCACACUGACUUCUGUUUAUAAUGAUGAAUUAAUGAUCAGAUUUGUUAGUUUACUAAGGCUUUUAUUACAAUGGACAUAUAAAUAAUUUUAAAUAUACCUUUAAAAUUCUUUUAUUUUCAUAGCAGAAAAGGUAUACAAUAGAUCUAAAGUAACUCAGCCAGUGCUUUUUGUCUAAGGUAUUUCUCCAAGCAGUAGACAACAAUGGGAUCUGUGUCUAUGUCAA